GCUGGCCUCCACUUCGCCCCGCCCUCCGUGUAGACCACAACGUCCCAGGCCUGAGUGUCAUGAGGAAAUUAGUAUGCUUUACUCCACACUGCUGCAGCAUGCCUAGGGAUGAUAGUAGAGAAGUGACAGAAUAAGAUGUAUUAGCAGGUCAGGACAAGACACUGCCAGUCUUGCCUUGGAGCCAGGAUCCACCUUUCCCAAACUUCAUUUAAGGAUAGGUAGUGAAGAUGCAAGCAUAUCACCAGGUGAUCCCUGCCUAUCUGAGAACUAUACAGGCCUUCCAAAGAUAAGCAGGUUCUUUCUCUUAUUUCUAUGCCUACUGCUCUUAUAUCUAAGUAGAUCCUCACUUGCUGUAGCCUACAACCUUGCUGCUCUACUCUUUUGUUAUACUUUAGAUCAUGGUACAGUAAGUUUGGGAUUAAAAGCUACUUACUUAAAAAAAGGAAAACAGGUACCCAAAGCUCUCAAAAUAUUACUAACAGAAUGAUUGUAGCGUAUAGCGUUAGUCUAUAGUCUAAUGUUUGGUGUAUUUAAUUAUGGUUAAUUGUUUUGAACCCACAGCCAACUUAAUUAACUUUUAAUGUUUACUAGUUUAAUCUUCUCUCAAUGUAUUCAAAUACUUGCUGUGUUACAAUUAAGUUGUAGGUGUGAAAUUGUUGGCCUUAAUUUUGUUAGUUUUUUUAAGAAUGUAUUUAAAAAAACAAGCUAAAAAAGAUUUAAUAUUUUGUAGAAGCUCUGAAAUUUUCAAAUGGAAAUAUGCAUUUCGUGUGUAUAAAGCAUCAGAAAUUAUUUACCCUAUCAGUUAUUUGCUGAAAAUGUAAAACUAAUAACUAAAAUUAUUUCAAUUGGAUUACUAAUAUAUUCCAUAGUAGCCUUCUCAUCUAAAUAAUAGUUGUUAGACCACAGUAAACUUUUGUAGAAAACUGUCAUUCUGUUUUUUCUCCCCAUCAACACUUGAAACAUGAUUUGAGACUACAAAUAUCCUAAAGAAAGCAAUAAAACUUACUGACAAAUACAAAAAAAGGAGAAAGACAAAAGGCUUAAUAAAGCAUGAGCCUUUCUAUGCUUCAUUUAAAAUAAACAUUAAAUGACUUCCUGUUUCUUCUUUUCUCUCUUUUAAAGAAAACAUAAAGAAACAACAACCCUGUAAGUAAAAAUAUAAUGAACAAAUAUACACGGUGGUGUGAUUAGCCUGGUAACUAUAAAUUGCAAAGCUACAAAAACUAUCAUAUGGGAAAGAAAUAAUCAGAAAUAAAUAAAAACACCCACCCAUAUCCUGAGCAUACAGAAACACCCACCCAUAUCCUGAGCAUACAGAAACACCCCCAAAAAGAUCAAUUUCCAGGAAAAAAUCUUUCCUCAAUUACAGUCAGCCCUUAAAUGGGGUCUAGGAGAGGUAGAGUCAGGCUCUACCCCUUGCAGUCACACAGAUGAAUUGCUUUCACCUGAGCUCGGUGACUGUAUGGGAACUGCUGAGUCACAGGCUGAACCUCUGAUUGAUCACCCGAGGUGAGCCAUGAGUCAGCCAGAGGAGAACAGGUGAAGGCAAUUCACCUGUGCUGCUGGAAGGGGGGGAGCCAGGCUCCACCCCUCCUAGACCUAUUUAUCCCUUUGUCAUUGAGACUGUGGGAUUCUGGGGGUAGAAAGUGUCUUGGUGAAUGACCUAAUAGCAGCCAAGCUGGCCACCAUGACUGUCCAUCCUGCUCUCAGACAGAGGUUAUAUGUGGGUGUGAGAAUCCUUCUUAGUUUUUUUUUUGGCUCAAAGCUUGCUUCCUGAGGUUUUUCUUGUGAUAAGACUCUGAGUGACUUGUCAGGGAGGCAACUGAUGGGUGCUAACUGUGUGACAAUCGAUAUCUCUUUGGGAACAUUUGCAAGCCCCUUCCCCCAGAGCUGCUUGCUCUGUAGAAGAGCGGAAGAGAGUGCUCAACAGUGUUCACUGGCGGAAGAUCUGGCUUGCGGCCAAACCGUUCCAGCUAAGUAUGGAAGGUUGGGGGAUGAUACCAUUGUAUCUUGCGAAGGCAAGAUGCAAGUUGGUGCCUCCCUGCUUCCUCUUAUCUGCUGGCAAGGCCAGAAAGAUAAGAACAAAGGAGGUUCCUGCUGAGAUCCCAGAGCCAGAAGCUGCCACUCAAAGGAGAGCUGACUCGACCACUUUGGAUUUGAGCUGUCACUCCAAAAACAGCUGACUUCACCACUUUGAAAGCAUUGAAAAGGGGCCAUCAUCACCAUGGUCGUCUCUCCUCGUCCUUCUCACCGUCGUCAUUGGCAACAGGACAACUCUGCCUGACGACCCACCGCUACUGAAGAUCAAAGACUGAACUACGAACCACGCUGGAUCCAUGGUGGUGACUAUGUCCCUCUUGCUGCCUAUAAAGACUCCUUGCUUCUUCUUUUCUAUCUUUUCUAUCGCCCUCCUUCCCUUCCCCCAUUACCCUAAUUCAUAAUAGUGUCCGUUCUCCCCUUCCCCAUUUCCCCUAAUUAAGAUUUGUAAUAAACUGGUUGGACCAACAUUUGAACCGUUGCUUCUUAAUCUCACGCCGGGUAUAUAGAUAAUAAAAGAACCUCCUCUCCCUCCUAUAAAUUGGAGCGAGACAUUUAUUUAAUGGCGUAGUCGUUGCAGGAUACCCACCGUGAGAGUGUUGUCCUUCCAGAUAUAGUCUGAAACUUUCUUUGUGUGCACCUCCUGGAGUUGCAUGGAGCGAUAAUUUUGAAAACUUAGACGUGAGUCCUUCUCCAGGAAGACCGCUCCGCAUUCUGAAACUUUGCUGUUUAUGUGUGUACCUCUCUGGGAUGUAUGAAUUAAUUUUAAGUGUGUGCCUCCUCGAGAAGACCUCUCUGAAUUUUGCGAUUUUAAGUAUCUUGUAACUGAAGUGCGAAACUUGAACCUUUUCUGUGUGUGUGUGUGUGUGUGUGUCUGCAUGCACGCGCCUCUUGGGGAAGUGAGGACGUGAUAUUUUGUUACUUAAACGUGUGUGCCUCUCCAAGAAAGUUUAUUUACUGUAUUGAAACCUAGAAAGUGUUGCUUUAGCUUCACAUUUUUUUUUUUUGUGCUCCCGUCAACAAAAGGGAGGCGUUAUUGGAGCAUUUGCAUUUGUUUAGGUGUGGUGUAUCUCCCUGGGAGGAGCGGUGAGGAGUAACUGAGCUUUUGAAUACGUGUACCUCCUCCCUUAGUGUAGAUCUUUCAUUGUAUUAAGAAAUGAGUAACAGUAAUGCCAGUAUGAAAAGUGAAGAUGUGUUAUUUGACCUUUUAGAAAAGCAUGGUGCUCGUCCCUCUUUGUCAGGGGUGGACUGGGCACGCCAAAAUUGGCAUAAUUUGCAGAGUGUUUCGGAUCGCAUUAGUGUCUUACAGAAUGAAGCUCGUACACGAGCUGGAAAAGGAAAGUCGUUUAUUUGUGCCGUACUCGGGGCUACUUUAAAAGCAGCCGUGGAGUUCCGAAAUGAAAAGCAUUCGGCAGAACUCCAAACCAUACAAGCACUGCAGGAAUCGGUUAAAGUAACACAAGAAUUGGUGAAAACUCUGCAGAAUCAAAUAGUGAACCUUGAGGAACAAUUAGAAAGAGAGAAACGUAAUUCGGCUUUGUUGCAAAUGGCUUUUAAGGAACUGCUAACGUGUAAGCAUGCCAGCCAUACCAUCACCCGCAGUUUGCCUCGAGAAAAAACUUUUCCUCAGGUGGAACUACCAGGAAUGAGGGAAAGGCUAGAUGAAAUAGAAACUCCAAUAGCCCCAUUGCGUCCUUUGAUGAAAACUGAAUAUACAUUCGAUAAUAGUGAGGAUCUAGAUCCUCAAAUGAAUGUUAAAGAAAUUCCCUUCUCAGCCACUGAACUAGCAAAAUUGAAGAAAGAUUUCAGCCGCUCUCCAAAGGAAUCAGAGACAGAAUAUGUAUGGAGGGUGAGUCUCACUGGUGGCGACCAGAUUCGGUUAACAGAAAAGGAAGCAGAAGGUUAUUGGGGACCAGGAGUAUUUUUAACUACUGGCAACAGUCGUGCUCCCUGGUCAUUAACACAAAGGGCUGCCUAUUGGGCAGGUGGUCUCAACCCUUUAGAACGGGGAGACCCUCUUGCCAUUAUUGGAACAACUGAUCAGUUAGUAGAGAGUGUUCAAAAGGCUGCUUGUCUCCAAAUGAUGUAUGAUAGAAAGCUGCAGCCGCACCAUGAAUCACCUAUGAUGAUGCCUGUUGAUCCGGAGAGAAUGACUGCUUUAAUUAGGGGGCUUCCAGAGUCGUUAAAACCUAUAGGUAUUCAGCUGCAGGGAAAAAUACCGGCAAUGCCUCAGGGAGAGAGAACCCAGCCAGUGUUAGAAGGAACUGUAACCCCCAACCAUCUGCAGUCAGGAAACAAAGUAUGGACGUGGGGAGAAGUUGCUCAAGAGUUAAUUAACUAUGGAAGGAAAUAUGGGCCAGUGGUUUCUUCCUCCACUAAACUUGAGCCAAGAGAAGUAAGACUUGCAGCAGUCAGCCUUGCCCCCAGGCCUCCUAGCUCAAAACUCAGUGGGACUGGAAGGGUCUCACUGUCAGUAAAAAUUGGUAGGCGAAAUAUUGAUCAUAAACGUAAUUGUCUCUGGACACUGGGCUGGCAAAAGGGUGUUCCACGAGAUUUGAUGAAUGGAUUACCCACUGUCAGGUUAGAGAAAUUAGUUAACUGGUGGCCAGAACAAAAGCUCCAGAAUCUCGAGGAAAGCAAAACCCCAGGUCCUAGGGUCUCUCCCAGGGAACCUGAACGGCUAUCCAAGCCAUUAGAAAACUGACGUCUUCGCCCCCCCCAAGUGAGCGGGGUGGGGGCGGUGAAGAGUGGAUGCAUGAGAAAGCUCACAACAAAGGGAAACAAGAUCGUCGAUUUAACACCUUCUGUCCAAAGGCCUCACCACUCUUGCCAGUUAUCCCUGUGAGUCACGAUCUAGUGGCUGAUAAGCCAGGGAAACACUCUUACCUCCCUGGCCAGACUGUGUCGAUUGACUCAGCUAACCUGAGGCCAGUUUCCCUAACCUUAACAGGAUCCCUUAACAAAUAUCUUUGGAAGGCUAAAGAUACCCCGAAAAGGGAAUAUGAAAUCAACGCUUGCUGGAUUGUUCCCUCAUUUUUUAACCCUAUUAACAAAGCCCAAAUAAGGGCAAGUCGGUGUCUUGUUUUUAUUUCACAGAAGAUCCCCGUGGGACCUUGACAGAACACAAAAAGGCUAAUAGCUGAUUUUAACUAUUUGUAUUUUGUGACAGAAAUACUGAAGAUUUGAUCAUGCUAGAACACAGAAUGUACCUCUUGAUUACAUUUUUUGGUUGCAAUAGUGUUAUGUUUUUUGUUGUUAUGGGUGUGGGUGGUGAUUGGUAUCAGUCCUUGGAUCUGUUAAACUUCACAACUGGGUUCAGGGCUUUUUACAGGUCAUCCUGGCUUACUGGUACUCCCUGCACAGUGAUACCAUUUCUUUUGACCCCUUUCUUUCACCCCUUUUUUACCAAACUGAUUAUGAUUUGCAUGUAACUCCUCCACAGUGUUUCCAAAUUCCUAACAAACUGGGAAAUGAAUCAAGGGACCCAUCUAAUACCUAUUAGAUGUGGUCACAAAAGAAAUCUAUCAUAAAGCCUUUUGCACUGAUGCUUUUCAGUGUCACACCAGUCCAGGAGUUCCAUCCAAAACAUGGUUGUUGGAAAGUGUCUAAGUUAUAAUAAGAGAUGUGUAUGUUUCUGGGAUUACCCUUCUUUGAUGGUUUGUACUGUGGGGGUAUCCUGCACACACUGUCCUGUGAAAAGUUCUGUGGACUGCAACAAUACUUGAACUUGCCAAACUAAUAUUUAUAUCUCUCAGCAUUUGAAUUGCUUUGGAAAUGCUCAAGUGUAAAGUUCUCGAGACACUAAAUGGUCUUAGAAAACAUUCCAUGGCAAGUCCACAUGUUGUCAAAUUAGACUAGAUAUGCUUACAGUAAAUUAAGUGAAGUGUAAUAUUGUGGAGCUAUUCAUAAACACCACAACCUCUACUGAAGAAUUCCCAUCUGGAUCCUGGCUUACACUGGGAGUUCCUGGGUGGGGAAAGCAGCUGACACAAAUACCUAAGUUUCUUUUACCUAUUUAUUUAUUAUUAUUGGUUAUUGUUAAAUGUAUGGUUGUCUAUUUUCACUUUCUACAUUUUAUUCAACAUGUAACAUUUGUGCCACCACUCCUGAGGUGUCACCGAGUGGUGUCUGUGGCAAACUGAAUGAUUCUAAUUGUUGUCUAAAGAUUGAUGAUAACGGUGAAGUUGUUAAACAAAUUGCCCAGGGUAUACGGAAAAUAGCCCAUGUUCCUGUCCAAACCUGGAAGGGCCUAGACGUAGAUUUCUUUUCCUGGCUUCCAGGUGGCCCAUGGGUCAAACGUAUCCUGUUUUAUCUACUGUGUGUUGUUGCAACUCUUAUGUUUGUACCGUGUAUGAUUCCAUGUUCUAUUCAACUUAUACAACGUGUUGUAUCUUCCAUGUAUUUUGUAACUACUUCAACUGAUGAUGGACAAGUCCAACAGAUCAGGGCAACAUUUGUAACCAAGCCCAAGAAAUCAUUUGUAGUAAUUGUGUAACGAUUAUCUUCCCCUUCUCCCCCUCCUCCUUCCUCCCCCCCCCCCGCUUCUUUGCUGUCUUUUUGUUUUCUCCCUUUUCUUUUCCUCACCACCGUGGAGGGUCACUUAUACUUUAUUUCAAGCAAUCUUUGAGCCACGGGGUGGUGUGAGAAUCCUUCUUAGUUUUUUUUUUGGCUCAAAGCUUGCUUCCUGAGGUUUUUCUUGUGAUAAGACUCUGAGUGACUUGUCAGGGAGGCAACUGAUGGGUGCUAACUGUGUGACAAUCGAUAUCUCUUUGGGAACAUUUGCAAGCCCCUUCCCCCAGAGCUGCUUGCUCUGUAGAAGAGCGGAAGAGAGUGCUCAACAGUGUUCACUGGCGGAAGAUCUGGCUUGCGGCCAAACCGUUCCAGCUAAGUAUGGAAGGUUGGGGGAUGAUACCAUUGUAUCUUGCGAAGGCAAGAUGCAAGUUGGUGCCUCCCUGCUUCCUCUUAUCUGCUGGCAAGGCCAGAAAGAUAAGAACAAAGGAGGUUCCUGCUGAGAUCCCAGAGCCAGAAGCUGCCACUCAAAGGAGAGCUGACUCGACCACUUUGGAUUUGAGCUGUCACUCCAAAAACAGCUGACUUCACCACUUUGAAAGCAUUGAAAAGGGGCCAUCAUCACCAUGGUCGUCUCUCCUCGUCCUUCUCACCGUCGUCAUUGGCAACAGGACAACUCUGCCUGACGACCCACCGCUACUGAAGAUCAAAGACUGAACUACGAACCACGCUGGAUCCAUGGUGGUGACUAUGUCCCUCUUGCUGCCUAUAAAGACUCCUUGCUUCUUCUUUUCUAUCUUUUCUAUCGCCCUCCUUCCCUUCCCCCAUUACCCUAAUUCAUAAUAGUGUCCGUUCUCCCCUUCCCCAUUUCCCCUAAUUAAGAUUUGUAAUAAACUGGUUGGACCAACA